GUGUGCGUGUGUGUGUGUGUGUGUGUCCUGCAGGUUGAGAAGUCUGUGGUCCCGUCCUGUCCUGUGAGGAGUCUCGGAAUACGGAGGUUUAAAAGCAGCCGCCCGUUGAGAGGAGUGCUCCACCGCGCUGCAUCGUCCAGAGGAUAUCCAUCUGGGUUGACGUGCAAAAAAACGACAAAAUGACACAUUUUAAUAAGGGACCAGCCUACGGACUGUCGGCCGAAGUGAGAAGCAAAAUUGCUCAGAAAUAUGACCAACAAAAGGAGGAGGAGCUCCGCUUCUGGAUUGAAGAGGAAACUGGAAUGUCUAUCGGAGAAAACUUUCAGAAAGGCUUGAAGGAUGGUGUCAUCCUUUGCGAACUGAUUAAUAAGCUGCAGCCUGGCUCAGUAAAGAAAACCAACCUUUCACAGCUGAACUGGCACAAGCUGGAAAACCUUGGGAAUUUCAUCAAAGCUAUCCUGGCCUAUGGCCUAAAGCCCAAUGACAUCUUUGAGGCCAAUGACCUGUUUGAAAAUGGGAACAUGACUCAAGUCCAGACCACACUGCUCGCACUGGCAAGCAUGGCAAAGACCAAAGGUAUGGACACAAAGAUCGAUAUUGGGGUGAAAUACGCAGACAAACAAGCUCGGCAUUUUGAUGAUGACAAGAUCAAGGCUGGUCAGUGUGUCAUUGGACUGCAGAUGGGGACAAACAAGUGUGCCAGCCAAGCUGGAAUGACUGCUUAUGGAACAAGAAGACACCUGUAUGAUCCAAAAACUCAGACUGACAAACCCUACGACCAGACCACCAUCAGCCUGCAGAUGGGAACCAACAAGGGAGCCAGCCAGGCAGGCAUGUCGGCCCCCGGUACCCGCAGGGACAUCUAUGACCAGAAGGUGGCACUGCAGCCGCUGGACAACUCCACCAUCUCCCUCCAGAUGGGCACCAACAAAGUGGCGUCUCAAAGGGGUAUGAGUGUGUAUGGUCUGGGUAGACAGGUCUACGACCCCAAAUACUGUGCACCCCCAACAGAGCCAGUCAUCCACACUAACGGCAGCCAGGGCACCGGCACCAACGGCUCAGAGAUCAGCGACAGUGACUAUCAGGCCGAGUUCCAGGAGGACGAAUACCAUGGAGGUUACCAUGAUGACUACAGCACCACUUACAAUGAUCAAGGCAUUGACUAUUAGUGGAGACCUUCACCUUCAGAGCAGUAUUAACAAGUGUAUUUUAUCAAUUACACAACAGAGCAAUUUUUUUUUGCUAUCCUCACUAGUCUUUUUCUUCUCUUGAAGCAUAAAAUGAGAUGUUGCCUAGGUGCUUUCCUUCAGCACCUAGACUCUUUGGUCUGAGCAGCAAAGGUUGUAAGAACUUGUGUUAGCGUAGAGUAAUGAGAUACAGCGAUGAAAAUAUUUUAUAACUGAGGAGUAUUCUUUUUAAUUCCCAAUUUUUUUAAAGAUGUCUUAAUGAUGCAACACUGAAGUAGUGAUAACAUUGUGGAUCAAUGGUGUAGCGUCAGGUGGAACUGUUGCAUUACAGUGUUUUAAAUUCCUGGACUGAAACUGUGCCGAUGAUCCAUGUGAAAGGAAUUCCUGUGUUAAGCCGUACACAAUAGGCUGAUUUCCCUCUGUGGUCUGUCUGUAUUCAUGCACCCAACCACAGUUUGUCCCACUGGUAUUCCUUCAAUGUUUUCACUACAUUUAAAGACGAGAUUGUUUUUUCUUAUAAUGCUGAGCAUGAUGGCUGUUCACAUGUAUGGAUGACAAAACCCAAGCUGACUCUAUUUUGAAGCCAGGCUUCCAUAUUUUCACAUUGUUUCCUCUCUGUAUUCCCCAGCUGUAUUUAUAGCAUUGGCUUUCAUGUAAAACAGUCCACUGUUAUUUGGUUUAUAAAGAAAAGGGUGUGUUUUGAAUAAAGCCUUACAUUCUUCAGUU